AUGGAUGGCAAAUCUCUUGCUGUCACUUUGGUUCUCUACUUGGUCUCAAUGGCAGGGUCAGAAGGUAAGGCCCUGGAGAAGACACAUGAAAGAGUCUCCCAAUGCCACUGCAUAAGAACUCAUUCCAAGUUCAUCUCUCCCAAGACUAUUCAGGAUGUGAGAUUAAGCCAAAGAGGACCUCACUGCAAAAAUGUGGAAAUCAUAGCUUGGCUGAAAGAUGGCAGGGAAGUGUGCGUGGAGCCCACUGCGCCCUGGGUCCGGCUGGCUGUAAAGGCUCUGCUGGCCAGGGCCAGGGACAAUGUUGAGUCUCCAGUCAAAGAGAAGUCAAGGAAGAAUAAACCUCGGAUUUCUGCAAGCAUAUGAAAUGAGAGAAAACAUUGCUGCUGAGAAUGCCCCCUCUGCUACAUUACUAUAGCUGAUUAUUUUUCUUUCCCUGAGAUGGUUGCUGAUUCGUUUCAUUUUCUUUGCUGCCGCUCUCUCUAGACUUCUGUCUGUGAUAGAUCAAGGAGUUCAAGAAUAAUGAAAGUGUUUAAGUGUUGUAAGGAUGAGAAUAAACAAGAUGAAAUUAGUUA